CAAAAAAAUUGUUUAGGAAGAUGAUGUAUCAUGUGUGACAUGUUCAUGAUUCGAUUUUCCUCGAUCAUAGAAAGCGACUUGCGAGUUUCACUUUCUGUUAAUUUAACCUUUCAUUCAUAGCAGUUUUACUGAUGGUGAAACUUGUGUGGCUCACUUUUUUCACAUUUCCUAGUGUCCUUUUUUUUUUUAAUUUGCAAAACGUAACAAAACAGCCAUUUUCCUCCUGCAUUUCUUAUGCCAAGAGUCAAUAUUGGCCAUAUUGAUAUUUCCUGUUUGUACCGAAAAUGGCCGAAUUCAGUUGUGGAGAUGCAACAAAUUUAAGACUGAGAAAUCAGAAAAGCUCUGCUGCAGAACCAACUCAGGAUAGGGAUAGCGAGAAACAGUUUUCAAGAAAAAGUAAUGAAGCAUCUCUUUGCAACAUUGAUCGCGGGUCAUACUGGUUGACAAGAAUCGUAAUCCUCCGGUAUUUGGGAUUUAUUUAUAGUGUUGCUUUUUUAGUAGCAGCCAAUCAGAAUAAAGCACUUCUAGGAAAUAAUGGAUUACUACCUGUCAGUGCUUUUCUGAAACAGGUAAAAGAGCAAGCUGGAGGAGUAAACAUCAAGGCAAUCACUUAUGUUCCAUCUCUAUUAUGGCUAGUCAAGGCAGAAGACAUUGACUUCUACUUGGACCUCGUUGCUUAUAUUGGCUUUGUGCUUUCCAGUAUUGUUAUGAUUACUGGGGCAGCCAAUGUGAUAACUAUGGCAACCCUGUGGAUUCUUUAUCAUUCUAUAGUCAGUGUUGGUCAGAGAUGGUAUUCUUUUGGUUGGGAAUCACAACUUCUAGAAACCGGUUUUCUGGCAAUUUUCCUUUGUCCAGUUCUGGCCUGGAAAUGCCUUCCUCAAGAGACUCCAACCUCAUGGUCAGUGAUCUGGGGCUAUAGAUGGCUUCUUUUUCGAAUCAUGCUUGGUGCUGUAAGUAGAAAAACAGAUACUGCCUUUCCUCAGACACAGCCAGUUCCUAGUCCAUUCAGUUACUAUCUUCAUCAAGCUCCAGAGGUGUACCAUAAGUUCGAGACUUUGAGUAACCACUUUGUUGAGCUUAUUGUGCCUUGGUUCACAUUUCUGCCUAGAGGUUUCAGAAUUACCUGUGGUGUUUUACAAAUAGUGUUUCAGGUAGCACUUAUCAUCAGUGGCAAUCUUAGUUUCCUCAACUGGUUGACAAUUCUGCCUAGUCUUGCCUUCUUUGAUGAUCAUACACUCAGUUUCAUGUUUUCUAGCAAACUUGGCUCAAUCAAGUGGCAAAUUAUUAAGUUGCAAAACAAAACCAAACAAGGAAAAUUAAAAACAGGAAAAGUACGGAGAAUAACAAACCUAACGCUGGCUCUGACCGUUGCCUAUCUUAGUAUACCUGUAGUGGUUAACUUGAUGUCUCCUCAUCAGCACAUGAACACAUCCUUUGAACCAUUAAGAAUUGUAAACACGUAUGGUGCUUUUGGAAGUGUAACAAAGAAGAGAACAGAGGUUAUCUUUCAAGGAACAUACAGUGAAGAUCCCAAUGAUCCUGAUGCAUCAUGGGAAGAAUAUGAGUUCAAAUGUAAACCAGGAAAUAUCACUAGGCGUCCAUGUUUGAUAACCCCUUAUCACUACAGACUGGACUGGUUGAUGUGGUUUUCAGCUUUUCAGAAUUAUCAGUACAAUCCCUGGCUUGUGCAUCUAGCAGCUAAAUUGCUUGUCAAUGAUGAAGAAAUAAUGUCACUUUUGGCUUAUAAUCCAUUUCAAAGGAAAAUGCCACCAAGAUUUGUGAGAGCAGAACACUACAGAUACAGCUACACUAAGUUAGGCAGUCGGGACAGUCAGCGUGGGCACUGGUGGAAAAGACGAUACAUUGGAAACUACCUACCUCCCGUUUCACUUAAGACUUUGAGUUCUGUUAUGAAAAGAUUUGGAUGGAAAAUAUGAACCUGAAUUUUUAUCAUAAAUUACUGAUGUUUCUGAUUCACUGAAAGUGGAUAAAACCUUGAAAACAUUUGUUUACAGGCAUGACAAAAAGUACCUGAAAAUUCCAAGGAAAUUAAAGACUAGUUACAUUCUUUUUUUGUAUUCUUUAAAGUGAUAAAAAUUGCUGAACCAAAUUCCAUAAAGAAAUUAUGAAGGCUGA